UCUGUACUAGGAGUGGGCUGGACCGGACGCCAGAGACAAAGGCUCUCAAGACAAGAGGGACUGUGGCCCUGCGACGGCACUGCUCGGGAUUUUUGACCCCAGGACUUUUCGCCCCUUCGUUUUUCUCUUCUGACGCUUCUCUCAUCUUAAGCCCGCGUCCCCUCACCCGCGACCUCGCUCCUCACCGGGAGGGCCGCGAUGGAGGUCCCGCCCCGGCUCUCCCAUGUGCCGCCGCCAUUGUUCCCCUCUGCUCCCGCUACUUUAGCCUCCCGCAGCCUUUCCCAUUGGCGGCCGCGGGCGCCUCGGCAGCUCGCCCCGCUCCUCCCUUCGCUCGCUCCCAGCUCCGCCCGGCAGGGGGCGCGCCGGGCCCAGCGCCACGUCACCGCCCAGCAGCCCUCCCGAUUGGCGGGAGGGGCGGCUAUAAAGGGAGGGCGCAGGCGGCGCCCGGAUCUCUUCCGCCGCCAUUUUAAAUCCAGCUCCAUACAACGCUCCGCCGCCGCUGCUGCCGCGACCCGGACUGCGCGCCAGCAUCCCCCGGCCGACAGCUCUGCCACCAUGGAGGACAUGAACGAGUACAGCAACAUAGAGGAAUUCGCAGAGGGAUCCAAGAUCAACGCGAGCAAGAAUCAGCAGGAUGACGGUAAAAUGUUUAUUGGAGGCUUGAGCUGGGAUACAAGCAAGAAAGAUCUGACUGAAUAUUUGUCUCGAUUUGGGGAAGUUGUAGACUGUACAAUAAAAACAGAUCCAGUGACUGGAAGAUCAAGAGGAUUUGGAUUUGUGCUUUUCAAAGAUGCUGCUAGUGUUGAUAAGGUUUUGGAACUGAAAGAACACAAACUGGAUGGCAAAUUGAUAGACCCCAAAAGGGCCAAAGCUUUAAAAGGGAAAGAACCUCCCAAAAAGGUUUUUGUGGGUGGAUUGAGCCCAGAUACUUCUGAAGAACAAAUUAAAGAAUAUUUUGGAGCCUUCGGAGAGAUUGAAAAUAUUGAACUUCCCAUGGAUACAAAAACAAAUGAAAGAAGAGGAUUUUGCUUUAUUACAUAUACAGAUGAAGAGCCAGUAAAGAAAUUGUUAGAAAGCAGAUAUCAUCAAAUUGGUUCUGGGAAGUGUGAAAUCAAAGUUGCACAACCCAAAGAGGUCUAUAGGCAGCAACAGCAACAACAAAAAGGAGGAAGAGGUGCUGCAGCUGGUGGACGAGGUGGUACUAGGGGUCGUGGACGAGGUCAGGGCCAAAACUGGAACCAAGGAUUUAAUAACUAUUAUGAUCAAGGAUAUGGAAAUUACAAUAGUGCCUAUGGUGGUGAUCAAAACUAUAGUGGCUAUGGCGGCUAUGAUUAUACUGGGUAUAACUAUGGGAACUAUGGAUAUGGACAGGGAUAUGCAGACUACAGUGGCCAACAGAGCACUUACGGCAAGGCGUCUCGAGGGGGUGGCAAUCACCAAAACAAUUACCAGCCAUACUAAAGGAGGACGUUGGAGAAAGCAGGUGUGUAUAAGAGUACAAGAAACCAGUGGAAAUGUCUAAUUUAAUUUAAAGAUCAAUAGACAAAUGAAAAAUAAGUAAAAACAAAAUAUUAUGUAGUCUGUUUUUACUAAAUUGUUAAUUUUUUAAUUGCUUUAUGAGCCUGUUUUGCCUAAAGUGUCUAUAGAUCUUUAACUUUAAAGUCUUAUCUCACCUUCUUUAGUAUUACAGAAAAACUUAAGAGUUUUUCUGUUUGCUUUGUGUACCAGGUGGUCUAGAGGAAUAAUUAAACAUUUUAGAACUAUUAACAGGUAAAGUACUGAAAUGGGUACAACUUAAGGAAAACAAGAAUGUUGUCUUCUAACUCUGACAUUAUACCUUGUUUGUACCCGCCAGCGGGAACUUCAUUGCAGGCCGUGUGUCACCCUGACCACGUCUAUCUCUGGGGGUCGCACGUUGCGGGCAGAGCGCAAGGCAUACACCAGAAAACGCUGUCCUGUGGUAUGGUCUCUUCCAACUUCAUGUACCAGCGUAAAGAUUAAAGUGGAAAACUUCAGACUUUGGCUUCUUUUUUAAUCUUUUUGAAGAUUAAGUGUCUAAACUUAACUUAAAUGGUUUUUUACAGGAGUUAAAGUACAUAAAUGCCUUUUUACAGCUUAAUCAUUUUGGUCUUCUGUUUAGUGUUGUAUUUCAAUUGUGGAGCCUCAUUUUAAGUGUUCAUUCUUUAAGAUUUAAUGCUUGCUUUUUCUUUUUAUAGCUAAUAGUGAAAUCUACAAACCAAAACAAGAACUUUAAAAUCUGGGAUAUAAAUUAAAGAUCAUAUGCACACAGCAAUUCGUGGUCUUAUAAUAAGCCUAUUAGGAAUUCAUUUUUGUAAGAGCAUUUUUUGGCUUACUAGAGAUGCUUCUAGUAGACCUAAAUCUAGUAUACUUCAGUCUGAAUAUGGGAACAUUGCAUUCCCUGAUUCCUUACUAAAUUUAAAUUCACUAUCAUUUGGAAACUGCAGGGUGAAUAUUAAUUACCCAAUCUACAUUUUGCAAUUGAAUAUGCAUGUGAUCUUUAAUUAUUGAAGAAAAGAAUAAAUUGAGGACUUAAAACAAUUCAUGAAAGUGGACCUUUGAAAGCUUUCAGAGUUACACAAAUCUAAUUGCUAUUUUGUUUUUGUUUUUAGGAGGAGAUUGCUAAAGUUAACCCAUCUUGCAGGACGACAUUGAAGAUUGGUCUUCUGUUGAUCUAAGAUGAUUAUUUUGUAAAAGACUUUCUAGUGUACAAGAUACAACUGUGUCCAACUGUAUAUAGCCGCCAAUUAGUUUUCUUUGUUUUUACUUUGUCUUUUGCUAUCUGUGUUAUGACUCAAUGUGGAUUUGUGUUUAUACAAAUUUUAUUUGUAUGAUUUCAUGUUAAACCUCAAAUAAAUGCUUCCUUACGUGAUUGUU